GCAGAGUGCAGACUGCUGGCUGUGAGGUACAUGGAGUGACAGGAGCAGCAGGUGAUCACCUUCCUGUUUCUCUCGUCUCACGUUUCAGCUGUAACAUUAGGCCUCAGCAUCUCCAUGAAGCAGCCGUGGAAAGCCUGCUUUGCCCCCGAGACUGCUUGUCCGCACUGACUGAGCUGUGCAGUGCAGUUUAAGAACAUUAUCCCCUUUUAAUCCACUUUGCCUUCUGCUACAUGCAGGUGGACAGACUGUCAGAUGGAGCAGGGUGCCACAAUCAGACACCCGUGUCCAUGUGUAAUUGCUCUUUUAUUUUGGAAACUGAACCAUUUCUCACACUGAACUUUGGUCCUGGAUUUCAUCUGUUUUUGGUUUCUUUGGGGUUUUUUUUAAGUGGGCCCAUCUGUAUUCUUAGUGAUUGUUAUCAACAGUGAGUCUUUAAUUCAGACAUGGAGGACCCUGAUAUGCGACAACAGAAGCUGGACAAUCAGCGAACCCUUUUGAUGAAAAAACAGCAAAAGAAGAGGGCUGAUACUCAGAUGGUGGUGGCCAAUCGGGAUGUUCGCCAAAAGAACCGAAAGCACAAAGCCGCUCACUCUGAUGAAACACCUCUGUUGAUCAGCCAAUCACUGAGCAACACUUCCCUGACUGAUCAAGUUGAACACGCCCAUGAUAACCCACUGGAUGAGAUCACAUUAGGUGAAUGCAAUAUGACAGCAAGCGCGACGUUAGAUGAGAUGCCUUCAGAGAAUCCCAUUACUCCAAAGACGAUGAACUUGGAGGUUGACAAAGAGCCCGAGGUGAAGUGUGAAGUGGAGAAUGACGCUCAGGUGGAGGGGAAAAAGCCAAAGAAGAAAGAAGGGAAAAAAGAGAAAGCCAAACAGGCGGAGCAGAAUGAUGAAAAGGAGAAAGACAAGGAGAAAAAGGAGAAAAAAACAAAGAAGAAAGACAAAGCGAAAGAAUCUGAAGACCCACAAAAGACAAACAAGACCACCAAACAAGAGCGUAAAAAGAAACACUUGCAGGAGGCUUCAACCCAGGAAACAGAGUCAGUGGUGGAAGAAGCAAGUCCAAAGAAGAAUAAAUGUGAUGAAAGUGAUGAUGAAGAGGAUGACGUGUCCCAGAAGCCUGUCCCUCAGACACCUAAGAGGAAAAAACAACUGGACACAUCCAGGUGCCAAAUAAGUGAGGAGAGCAAAGACGAGGACGUCCAGGAAAAGGAGAAAAAAGAAAAAAAGACAAAGAAAUCAGAGAAAACUACGCCGAGUCUCGCUUCCCUCAACUCCAACUACAGGGAGUGUUCAUCCUCAGGCAGUGAAUCCAAUGAAAGACCAACAUCUCCAUUGUCAGUGGAGGACCUUGAGAAGUUUGCUGUGCGUCCAGCCCCCAGAGAUGUGACGAUCCAGUGUAGGGUCACCAGGGACAGGAGAGGCAUGGAGAAGGGCAUCUAUCCGACUUACUACCUCCACAUGGAGAAGGAGGAUGGCAAAAGGGUGUUUCUAAUGGCAGGAAGAAAAAGGAAGAAGUGCAAAACAUCCAACUAUCUCAUCUCCACUGACCCGACAAACCUGUCCAGAGAUACAAACUGCUACAUAGGAAAACUAAGGUCCAAUGUUCUUGGUACAAAGUUCACAGUCUAUGAUGGAGGUGAGAACCCUGAGAAAAAGCCCUUCGUCAAAGAGUGUGAAUCAGUGCGGCAAGAGCUGGCAGCAAUUUGCUAUGAGACCAAUGUGCUGGGAUUUAAGGGUCCCAGGAAAAUGACAGUAGUCAUCCCAGGCAUGUUGGAGAACGAUGAAAGAGUGUCCAUUCGUCCAAAAAAUGAACUUGAGACUCUACUGAUCCGCCAUGCAAACAACAAUACAGACAAACUGGUCACACUGGUGAACAAAUCCCCGAGCUGGAAUGAACAGACUCAGUCAUAUGUGCUUAACUUCCACGGACGUGUCACCCAAGCCUCCGUCAAGAACUUCCAGAUCAUCCACCCUGACAACGAGGAUUACAUAGUGAUGCAGUUUGGCCGUGUAGCAGAGGACGUCUUCUCCAUGGAUUAUAGUUUCCCCAUGUGUGCCCUGCAAGCCUUUGCCAUCACCCUUUCGUCCUUCGAUGGUAAACUGGCUUGUGAGUGACCCAUGCUGGUAUGCCUCAAGUGCUCAGAAACUUACAGAUUAAAGCUACAGUUCAUAACUUUCAUGAAAAUAAGUGUCAUAUUUGUUGAAUCUGAGUUCAAGUAUCUCGGGGUCUUGAUCAGGAGUGAGGGUAGAAUAGAGUGUGAGAUGAAUCGAUGAUUUGGCAAGGCCUCUGCAGUGCUGCGGGCGCUGUGAUGGACUGUUGUGGCGAAGAGAAAGCUGAGCCAGAAGGCAAAGCUUUCGAUUUACUGGUCCAUGUAUGUCCCAACUCUCACCUAUGGUCAUGAGCUCGAGAAUUUGUUUCCUCAGGAGGGUGGCUGGGCUCAGCCUUGGAGAUAAAAAUGAGGAGCUUGGACAUCCUGAGGGAGCUCGGAGUAGAGCCGCUGCUCCUUUGCAUCGAAAGGGGUCAGUUGAGGUGGUUCGGGCAUCUGAUCAGGAUGCCUCCUGGGCACCUCCUGUUAGAGGUGUUCUGGACACCUCCAACUGGUAGGAGGCCCCGGGGCAGACCCAGAACAUGCUGGAGGGAUUACAUAUCUCACCUGGAGUGGGAAAGUCUUGGGUUCCCCAGAAGAAGCUGGAAAUCGUUGUUGGGGAGACGGACGUCUGGGGUGCUUUGAUCAGCCUGCUGCCCCCGUGACCUGGCUUCGGAUAAGCAGUUGAAAAUGGAUGGAUGAAUGUCACUAUAUUCUAAAAAAUGUACAGGAGACAGAUAACCUGAAAAAAAUCUACCACAGCGCACCAAAAACAACCAGUCAGAGCUGAGGAGUCUCCAACACAACUGCCAGUCACUUUUUGAAUUGCAGUUAGACUGUCAAAUUAUGCAGCGCUGAUGAAAUAUAAACCAAGAUUUGCUUACUGUAUUGCUUAUUUCUCGCCUCAGAUGUCUUCAGAAACAUAUUUUAGUGUACUGUUUGGCUGUUAUGUAAGAAUUUGUGAACAGGAAGUGGGCAUCUUACUGUUUCCUAUAUUGUAAAAACAAAGGCUAAAAAUACUGAGAUCAAAUGGUAAAACUAAGCAGGGCAACUAGGCAAUGCAGUUACAAAAUCUUGAUUUGUAUUUGAUCAGUUUUGCCUAGUUUGACAAUUUGACCACAGUUCAUGAGCCGUGAGUGACAGCUGCGUAAGAGACUCCUCAGCUCUGAUUGGUUGUUUCUGUUCAUGUGCAGUAAGGCCAUAAAAAGAGCUACAAGGCAAUAGAGCAGGGUGGGUUUUUUUCACAUAUUAUCUGUCUCGGGUGUUUCGGUUUUAGCAAAUAUGAAAAAAGCUCAAUUUUCGUAAAAGUUACCAACUACAGCUUUGAGUCUGAACUUACACCCAUAAUUUUGCGCAGGGUCAUUUUUCAUGUUUUGUAUCCUGGUGCACUGUAACACUUGUACACACUAAAUAUAGAAAAACAUGCCACGGACUUAGACUUCAGAGGAUACUUGUUUUAUAGCUCCAGUAUUAUUUUACAACAGAUUUUAUAUUGAAGUGGAAUAAGUUACAAAAGUUAACAGUCUUUCUUUUUAUAUUUCCCAGCUGUGUAAAGGACUCGUGCAAUUUAUGUGCAAUAUUGAGAAUAACUGUGUUAAUAUAACCAGU